AUGGCACCCAAGAAGGCCAAUUGGGACGUCCAACGCGACCACAUGCUGUUCAUGCUACUGGUGGACAACAUCAAUGUUAACUGGAACGACGUCGCCAAGAAGUGGGCCGAGAAGUAUCCGAAUGACGAGUGUACCCCGACCGGCUCUGCGAUCUCCCAGCACAUUUCCAAGCUGAAGAAGGGAAGUGGUCCCAAAAGUGGUCUAGGCGCCGCUUCCAAGGGAACCCCAAUCAAGACCACUCCAUCGGCCAAGCGAGCAGCACCGCCAAAGACACCAUCCAGUAGCGCCAAGCGCGCCCGCACCACACGCAUGUCAGACGAGGACGAUUCGGACGAGGAGAAGAAUAUGAGCUUCGACACUGUCGGCAAGCGUGAGACGCCAAGCCGACGUUCAUCUGGCCCGCGUAAGAGCUAUCGUGAGGAGAGCGAUGAAGAAGAGGAUAUCCAAGAGGCUCGGGAUGAGGCGACCACAAGACGUGCUGCUGCGGCGCCGCCUCAGGUGGUUCAAGCAUCCGACAACCUCGAAGCUGCUCCUGCUCCACGCGACUCUGUGCAGGCAGAUGAUUACGAUGAUCUCUUCGGCGGACCCCGCAAGGCGACAGCCCGCUCGAAGAGCAAUCCGCCAAAGUUCGAUCAGAUUCCUGCGGAGGAUUCUGACGAGGAUACCUUUGCUCCAAUGGUUUGA